CGCCUCGCGAGCUCGCACGCAGGUGCGUAUGACGUCGCGGCGGCACGGGCGCCAUCCCGGAAGCGCGAACAAGGCCGCCAGAUGUGCAGGCAGCGGAGGAGGAGAAAGAGAUGGACCCCCCGGACUCGGCCUCGAGGGUCUUCUGUAGCCGCAUCCUGAGCAUGGUGAACACAGACGACGUCAAUGCCAUCAUCCUGGCCCAGAAGAACAUGCUGGACCGCUUUGAGAAGACCAAUGAGAUGCUGCUGAACUUCAACAGCUUGUCCAGUGCCCGCCUGCAGCAGAUGAGUGAGCGUUUCCUGCACCACACAAGGACCCUGGUGGAGAUGAAGCGGGACCUGGACAGCAUCUUCCGCAGAAUCAGGACACUGAAAGGGAAACUGGCCAGACAGCACCCAGAGGCCUUCAGCCACAUCCCGGAAGCGUCAUUCCUGGAGGAUGAGGAUGAAGACCCCAUCCCACCCAGCACCACAACCACCAUUGCCACCUCAGAACAGAGCACGGGGUCGUGUGACACCAGCCCUGACACCGUCUCACCCUCCCUUAGCCCCGGCUUUGAGGACCUGUCCCACGUCCGGCCUGGCUCCCCUGCCAUCAAUGGCCACAGCCAGACUGAUGAGGAAGAGAUGCUGGGCGAGUAGCCCUGCUCCCCACACACUAUGGGGUCUCAGGGCAGCGGCACUCCCCCCACCACCUACGUGUCUGAGGUGGCAGUGGGUAACCCUGCCUCAGAAUCAUCAUCUUUGCCACCCUCUUCUGUCAUACAGGGCUCCCUUCCUAGGGGUGUGGGAUUCCUGGGGGUCUCUAAUUCCCGCUCCUUCCUCCCUAAGAACAUCUCUCUUCUGCAGGCACCUCUGCCAUGCCAGGGCACAUCCAUCCCAGCUGGAGUCACGGAGCUGGGCACUAGGGAACUUUUCCAGAGCCAGGCCUGCGGUCGGCUCUGAACAAUAUUUAAAAGGUUCCCAGACACAAGAGCAAGAUGUCCCUUGCUCCCUGGUGAGGACUUCCUUGAAGUGGACGAGCAGUGUCACAUAGGAGUUCACCCCAGCCCAGCCCUGCACCCAUUAAUUCUGGUUUCCCUGCCCCGUCCUCCAACAAAAGUCUCAAAUACUUCCUCCGGUUGGUCUCUCAAGGGGGUUUCUGAGACAGGUAAAAGGCUUGAGACGGAGGCUGGCCAUCCACUCAGCCCUGAGCCUGAUGAGGCCUGUGUUUCUUUGGACAGAGAUGUGGCCUUGGGGGCCUAGCAGGACUCCGUGGAGCAAGCCGAGUCACCUUGGAAAAGAGUUUAACGGAAUAUUUUUGUAUCCGAUGUUUACAGAUGCUGUUGAGAAGUUAUCAAUAAAAAGACUCAUCAAUAAAAA